AUGCGCAUUCCUCUCCGCAAUCAUACAUCACAGCGUCCAUUGUCUGGGACGGUUUUAUUUGAUCAAUCAAAAAAGGAAGCCUCAACAUUAGGCCAACAUUUCAAGGAGUUAAAUAGACGCUUAAAGUCUUCCUGGAAAGUUUUAAUUAAUACAGACGAAGUAACAGAUGAAAGAAUCGAAUCUGCAAAGGUCUUUGUUAUUACAGGACCGACAGAAAAAUUCAGUGUUGACGAGCUCGAAGUUAUAAACACAUAUUUGAACAAAGGUGGGUCAGUUCUAGUUUUGCUUGGUGAGAACGGUGAAAGCAAAUAUCCAACCAAUAUUAACUACCUGCUGGAGCAAUAUGGCAUCUCAAUUAAUAAUGAUUCGGUGGUUAGGACAUCGUACUACAAAUACUUCCACCCCAAAGAAGCCCUCAUACCCAACGGCAUAGUGAAUAGGGCUAUCGGCGAAGCCGCUGGGAAAACAUCCGCCCAUUCCGGUGGCGAUGAAGUAUGUCCUAAGCAGGCUCUUCAGUUUCUCUACGCCUUCGGUGCAACACUGAAUGUCGUCAAGCCAGCAACGGUUUUGCUUUCCACUGGCAGUGUCGCUUUUCCUCUCAAUCGGCCGGUUUGUGCCGUCUGUGAAAUUGAGAAUCCCAACGGCGGGUCCGGAAAACUGGCUGUUGUUGGGAGCAUAGCAAUGUUUACGGAUGCCUACAUAAACAAGGAAGACAAUGCGAAGAUCUUUGAUGUCAUCAUCUCCUUCCUAACCUCGGAGACAUUCAAGUUAAACGUCAUUGAUGCUCAGGAUCCGGAGAUUGAGACAUACUUCCAGAUUCCUGAUAUUUCUACUCUGUCAAACAACUUAAAAGCCUGUCUGCAGGAGAGUGAAGAGAUUCCACGCAACCUCGAUGCUGUUUUUGAUCAGAAGCUCUUUGCAAUGGACAUUUCCAUGGUGCCAAAAGCUCUUGCGGCCUACGAGAAGCUGCGAGUCAAACACGAACCACUCACCUUGAUUACGCCCGAAUUCGAAACGCCUCUGCCUCCAUUGCAACCUGCGGUGUUCCCUCCUAACUUUCGUGAGUUAGGACCUCCGGCUCUGGAACUAUUCGACCUUGAUGAACAUUUCUCUUCAGAGAAAACACGCUUAGCUCAAGAGGCCAAUAAAUGUACAGAAGACGAUCUAGAAUACUUCAUUUUGCACUGCGGAGAGGUUUGUGGGAUUGCUCAAAAGCUGCCGCAAUCGCAACGAAAGGCUCGAAACAUCCUUGAACUCACCCUCAUGGAGCUAGUUGAGUUUAAAAAGAUGCACUCGGAUAAUGAUGAAAUCUCAUCGUGGUGA